AUGGCAACUUCACUUCUAGGGGAGGAGCCGCGAUUAGGUUCGACACCUUUAGCCAUGCUGGCUGCGACUUGCAACAAGAUCGGGUGCCCUUCUCCAUCCGCGAUUUCGGAUAACACGUCGUCUUUCGGAAAGGGAUUUCACCCAUGGAAGCGCGCAACGGCUAGCAGCUGCAGUCUGGGCUCGGGUUUAUCCUCCAGCUUCGGCGUGACCAGAAACGGCGGGGCUUUGACAGACUCCUUCAGUGCUGGUGGCACAACGGCGUCUAGCGCCUUCUCACUGACACCCGGAGCCUCCUCCAGCUCUCAUCUCGGCAACGACUACCCCGUGUUCCAGCCACCGGCAUCGAGCGCCUCUCAGGAAGCCGGCCAUCAGCCAGUGUUCAUCUCCAAAGUGCACGCCAGCGUGGACGGCUUACAAGGCAUCUACCCGCGCAUGAGCGUUGCGCACCCGUACGAAUCAUGGUUCAAAUCUUCGCACGCCGGGUUGCCGACUGGUGAUGUUGGUGCCACGAGCGCUUCCGCCUGGUGGGACGUUGGCGCCGGAUGGAUUGACGUCCAGAACGCCAACGGAGCCGCAGCGCUGCAGACACCACUCCAUUCAGGAGGACUCCAAACGUCUUUGCAUUCGCCCCUGGGCGGCUACAACUCGGACUAUUCCGGUUUGAGUCACUCUGCAUUCAGCACAAGUGCGUCGCCACACCUGCUGUCCGGCGGGCAGCACAUCAUGGACGGCUUUAAGCCUGUACUCUCUUCCUACCCGGACUCGAGCCCAUCUCCCCUGGGUGGCGCAGGAGGUGCCAUGCUGAGCGCGGCCCCGUCUGCCUCACUGGCUGGCUCACCCAGGUCGUCAGCGCGCCGCUACUCGGGCCGUGCCACGUGUGAUUGCCCCAACUGCCAGGAGGCAGAACGCCUGGGACCUGCGGGUGCGAGCUUGCGCCGUAAAGGCCUUCACAGCUGCCACAUCCCCGGUUGCGGCAAGGUAUACGGCAAGACGUCGCACCUCAAGGCGCAUCUGAGGUGGCACACGGGCGAGCGGCCUUUCGUGUGUAACUGGCUCUUCUGCGGCAAGCGCUUCACGCGCUCCGAUGAGCUCCAGAGGCACCUGCGCACGCACACAGGUGAGAAGCGUUUCGCAUGCCCUGUGUGCAACAAGCGCUUCAUGCGCAGUGACCACCUGAGCAAACACGUGAAGACCCACAGUGCAGGCGGCUCCGCGGGCUCUGGUUCGGGCGGCAGCGGCGGUAAAAGGGGCAGUGACACCGACAGCGAGCACAGCGGGCCCGGCAGCCCUUCAUGCAAUUCCCCCGACUUGCUACAGCCCGCCGAGGCACUUCCGCCGAGUAUGAACGGCCGCGCCAACUCCCUCGAUUAAACUGCUUAAAAUGACUGGAAUCGAAGCGGCAGGGUCAGUGACCUUUACAAACAAGGUACUGAGGUUUACUAAGAAAUAACAGAGGAGCCAGCUUCACUUCGACGUUAUCAAGACAUAAAGUUGAUGAUAACGCAAAAAGUCAGCCUUGGC